AUGUAUGUUAAUAAUGUGCCGGAUCUCAACAUAUGCAAGAGAGAAAUUACAAUUAUGAAAGAGUUAUCUGGGCACAAGAACGUUGUGAGCUAUUUGGAUUGCGCUGUUAACUCUAUAAGUGAUAACGUUUGGGAGGUACUCAUUCUUAUGGAGUACUGUCGAGCUGGGCAAGUUGUGAAUCAGAUGAAUCAGCGUCUGCAGACAGGCUUUACUGAGUCAGAAGUAAUGAGAAUAUUUUGUGAUACCUGUGAAGCUGUUGCCCGGUUGCAUCAGUGCAAAACGCCUAUAGUUCACCGGGAUCUAAAGGUGGAGAACAUACUGUUAAACGAUAGCGGGAACUAUGUUCUCUGUGAUUUUGGCAGUGCCACUAACAAAUAUCUUAAUCCUCAAAAAGAUGGUGUUAAUGUGGUUGAAGAAGAAAUUAAAAAGUAUACAACACUAUCGUACAGAGCUCCCGAAAUGAUCAAUCUUUAUGCAGGAAAACCAAUUACUACCAAGGCAGAUAUCUGGGCACUUGGCUGCUUGCUGUAUAAACUUUGUUUCUUUUCGCUUCCCUUUGGCGAAAGUCAAGUUGCUAUUUGCGAUGGAAGCUUUACCAUUCCGGACAAUUCCCGAUACUCUCAUAGUAUACACUGUUUGAUAAGAUAUAUGCUCGAACCUGAUCAAGAACAGAGACCUGAUAUCUUUCAAGUAUCUUUCUUUGCCUUUAAACUUGCCAAAAAGGAUUGUCCAGUGUCUAAUAUUAAUAAUUCUCCUGUCCCUUCAACUCUUCCUGAACCCAUGACAGCUAGUGAGGCAGCUGCUAGAAAAAGCCAAAUAAAAGCAAGAAUAACAGAUACUGUUGGACCAACAGAAACCUCAAUUGCACCGCGACAGAGACCAAAGGCCAAUUCAAGCACUGCCACUUCUAGUGUGCUGACGAUCCAGAGCUCAGCAACUCCAGUCAAAGUACAAGUUCCUGGUGAAUUAGGUAAUCGUGGGCAAAAAGGAACCACGAGACCAGGGAAUGGACAAGAAAUCUUACAGUCCCAAGGGACCAACCAGCACCCCCCGCAGCAGAACAGGGUUCUUCAGCAGCUGCAGCAGGGGGACUGGAGACUACAGCAGCUACACCAUUUACAUCACCAGCAGCAGCAGCCUACGAUGCAGGAUGCUUAUAUUCAGCAGUAUCAACAAGCAAUGCACCAGCAGAUGGUCCAACAGCAGCUGUUGAUGCAGUCUGUGUACCAGCAGCAACCUUCCCAAUCUCAGUAUCCUGCUAUGGUGCAGCAAUAUCAGCAGGCUCUCCUACAGCAGCAGAUGCUUGCUCAGCAGCAACAGCGGUCGCAACAGGCGCAAUCUCCUGAAUAUAUCACUUCGCCACAAGACUUCUCACCAGCCUUAAUCUCCUACCCUGGGUCACUUCCAGCGCAUGCUGGAACAGUGGCAGAUUCUCCCUACCCGGCAAGCAGGUCAGGUGUUCCUGAUGCUGAAGCAAUUGCCAGUUACCCAAAGCAGAGCAUCAAUAACCCACCUGAUAUGUCGGGCUGGAACCCAUUUGGAGAGGACAAUUUUUCCAAGUUGACAGAGGAGGAGCUCCUGGACAGAGAAUUUGACCUGCUAAGAUCAAACAGGCUGGUGGACAGGAGAGCAUCUUCAGAUAAGAAUGUGGAGCCACAUUCUGCUCCACAGAAAAAUCCUCCUGAAGAUCCCUUUGGUUCUGUUCCUUUCAUUUCUCACCCAGGUUCUCCUGGAAAACAAGCAGAUAACUCAGCCAACAACCAAGGAAAUAACUUAGGGACCCCAACCAAGGCUGGAAAACUGAGCCAUGCUUUUAGAGAUCCCCGGCCAGGAAGGAAAACUGCAGAGGGACAAGUGACAAAAGGUGGUGAUGAGUCAGAGAGUGAUUUUGAAUCUGAUCCUCCUUCUCCCAAGAGCAGUGAAGAAGAAGAAGAACAGGAGGAUGAAGAAGUCCUGCAAGGAGAGAAUGGAGACUUCAAUGACGACAAUGAUACAGAACCAGAGAAUUUAGGCCACCGACCUCUCCUCAUGGACUCUGAGGAAGAGGUGGAGGAAGAGGAGGAAGAGAAGCAAAGUUCUGACUCCGAUUCUGAUCGUACCAAGCAAAAAUCUGUGGAAGGGCUUCUGAGCAGUAGGUUCAGGGAUGGUGUGGGCAGCGGUGAAAUCAAAGAACCCAGUUCAAUGCAUACGUCCUUGUCUGAGGUGCCAAGUACUGUAAUCAAGGUGAAUCCUGGCCAAGAAUUUGACGUGUUCGGGGCAGUGCCCUUCUUCACUCUGCAGCCUCAAGCAAGAGAGAAGAUGAACAAAGAUGCCUCUUCUCAGAUGGCUUUUUCCGGCCUGAACCAAGAGCAGGAUGACUUUGAUGUUUUCACAAAAGCCCCCUUCAGCAAAAAGGUGUCUCAGCAAGAUGGCCAGGUGGCAGGAACUGAGCCUCUGCUCUCCCCCACCUCUCCACGGAGCGUCGAUAUUUUUGGCUGCACCCCAUUUCAGCCUUCCCUUCUCCCCAAGACUGGUGGGAGUAAAGAGGACCUGUUUGGGCUGGUGCCUUUUGAAGAGAUCACGGGGAGUCAACAGCAGCAGCAGAAGGUGAAGCAGCAGCGUAACCUGCAGAAGCUUUCCUCCCGCCAAAGGCGCAUGAAACAGGAGGUCUCGAAGAACAACGGGAAGCGCCACCACGGCACCCCAACCACCACGAAGAAGGCGUUGAAACCGAGCUACCGCACCCCUGAGAGAGCCCGCAGGCACAAGAAAGCAGGCCGCAGGGACUCGCAGAGCAGCAACGAGUUCCUGACUAUCUCGGACUCCAAAGAGAACAUAAGCGUUGCGCUGACUGACAGCAAAGAUCGAACCAAUCCUCUGCAGACAGACGAGAGUCUGCUGGAUCCUUUCGGAGCUAAACCCUUCCACCCACCGGACUUGAUGCGGCAUCCCCAGCAUCAAGGGUUUGGUGACAACCGCGGGGAUCACGGCACGGUAGUAGUGGCGGGUAGACCUAGGCAGAGCUCCUUGCACGGAGCCAUUCACGGCAAUGACGGCCUGAAAACAGAUGACUUUGGUGCAGUACCCUUUACGGAACUGGUUGUGCAGAGUGCGCAGAGCCAGCAGCAACAGGCGCUGGAGUUAGAUCCCUUUGGAGCAGCUCCGUUUCCUUCCAAACAGUAA